AUGAACGAAAAAGAACGCCCUACAAAGCGGCUACGAUGCAGCAAUUCUACCGGCAGCGACAAGGUCCCGAAGGAUGAGAAGGGUCAUGCGAAAAAACUUGAUUUAUAUGGGCUUGAGAGAGCGAGCGGAGAUGAAGGGGAGUUGGAUGAUGAUGAGCCCUCUGCUAACCACCGGACCACUGACUUGGAGAAUGCUCUGCCCACGAUACCAACGGAUGUAGAGACGAUUCGUCAUUAUGAGGCUUUGAGAGGCGACGAAUCCUUCCCGGAAGAAUUGAAACGGCUUCGCGACUCUGAAACUUGGGUCAAGGGUGAGAGCUCCAUCUAUGUUGAUGCCUUCAACCUGGCCCUCAAGACGGUCCUCGAAGAAGAACAUCACCUCUUUACGGCCCAGGAACUGGAAGUGUUUGCCUGCUGGCGAAGCCUAGAUUUCGGAGCCCAGUAUCUGUCCACUGCCUUAUGGCACCGUGUGAGAGCUUUGAGGUACGGAGAAGACAUCUCUAAUCUCCCAUCUGCUAUAGAAUCACUUCAGCGCUUUCAAACUCUAUCCCAGGUUAGCGAGAAGCCAAGCUCUAGCAAGGCUGGAUUGCCGGAUCUUGAAGAGCUAGACCUGGAUGGAGGUUUUACGUGGGCCGACUCGUCUACAACCGCAAUUACUACGAUGGAAGAGGCUGCUUCUCUUCUGAGUUUAGAUGAGCUAAAGCUUGUCUCGAGAGAAGCCAAGGUGUCGGGAAGAAAUAAGGCUGAGCUUCUACGCGCGCUCGCGAAGAUGAGCAAAUCACAAAGCGCCCUCUGCUGGCGCGACUCGAAGGAACUUGAAUCAAAGUCACCGCACUCUCCCAAGUUCAAUAAAUCCAAUGGACUCGCGACGGAGGGUCUUGAGGUAACUCCAGAGCAAUACUUUUACCAGAAAAUAAUGACAAUUUUAGGGCCCUGUAUCAGGCUCUCUCAACCGAUCUUGAGACUGUUUGAACGUGUGCAUUUAGUUUUCUAUCGCUCAACCGAAUGGACAGACAAGUCUUUGACGACAGUUAUUCUGGCGCGCAUUUCACGCCAAAGAUUCCCUCGUUACAUUGUCUGCCGAACGGCCAAUGUAUUCUCGUCACGUUCCGAUCUUCUGGAAUACGAAAGCGCGCUGAAGCAACAGUAUCGUUUGGUGCAAAUUCUGGAGAAAAACGGACGACUCUCUGAUUCUGAGCAAGAGGAAAGUCUCACCAUUUUGGAGCAAGUCUAUCCUCGCUGGAGAAGACUGGUGGAAGUGGAAGAGAAACGCGAAGCUAGCAUUAUUGAGGGUGAGAGGGGCGCGUAUCUGCGGCGCUUCUCUCCGGCCUGGGUCUAUACGCGCAUUAUUCACAAGAUUCUGAGCGUGCUUGGACGUCGGAAGGAUUAUGAUCGAGAGUACAGCAUUAUAACGGAGCUUCUCGAGCAAACUCUGUUCCAUACCGCUCGUCGCGGUGUCUGGUAUCAGCGCAAAGCUCUGUUGGAAGAACACUAUCUUUUUAAGAUAAGGCCAGCAUCUGGCAUAUCGGAUAUCAAUUCUCUAAAAAAGUAUUGGAAACGUAUGGCGCUGCAGACUUGUGAAAGUGGUCUGCGAGACAAGGACUGCCAUGUGAUCUAUCAUUAUGACCUACAGAAACGAAUCGAGAAACUCGAAAAGAACAUCAGAGUACCGAAGAGAGAGAAGCACGAUUUUAGUCAUGUUCUCCUUCGAGAGGCGAAUCAUCGGAAAAUUGAAGGAGUCCAGGUUGUGCGGGAGAGAGCUAGUACCAAGAAAAGCUUGAGCACGGGUAGUUUGGAUGGGGAUGGCGGGCAGGGCAAAACGAUUUGGAUCAACGAAUACGAAGACGGCGAAGAAGUUGGUGUCGAGGCGCUGUGCCUGGCUGACUAUCAGUCACGCGGAUACAAGGGAUAUCAUGCGGAAGGAGGAAUUAUCCGGACGUUAUUUGCUUAUUUAUUCCGCGAUAUUCUCUUCAUGUUUGUGCCGAACGUCUUCCAGACUGCCUAUCAGACUUGUCCGUUGGACCUCCACACCGACGCCUUUUUCCACUCGCGAGCCUCCGAGAUUAACCGUCGACUGGUGGAGAUUGAGAAUGGCGCGGCUGGCGCCAUUAUUCAGUCGGUGGAUGCAGAAGAGCGGGCUAGAGGCACUUGCAUUAUUGGAUUGGAUUGGGGAUAUGAAGUUGCACAUCUGCUGGAGAUUGCCGAAUGCUUUCAAGGGGCGGCGCUAGCCGUCGUGUGUCGAGUGUUGGCUCAGGAGUAUAGGGUUAGGGGAGGGGGCGUUCCCGACCUGUUUCUGUGGCGUCCAGAUAGACGUGAAGUUGUGUUUGCGGAGGUGAAGAGUGCGCAUGAUCGAUUGAGCGAUACGCAGCGGCUCUGGAUCCACGUGCUGACGGGGGCUGGACUCGAGGUGGACUUGUGCCAUGUGGUGGCGAAGGAGGUGAGAACAAGAUAG